AUGGCCUCAAACACGAACCCCGGAAACUUCAGCAACCGCCCCCACGAGGAGGUUGAGAACAUUGCCCGCAAGGGUGGCCAGAGCUCCCACUCAGGAGGUUUUGCCAGUAUGGACCCUGAGAAGCGGAGAAACAUCGCUUCCAAGGGGGGUCAGGCUUCGAGCGGAAGCUUCCAACCUGGUGACCCUAGAGCCCGCGAGGCUGGUCAGAAGGGCGGCUCAAGAACUCAAUACAAUGUGGACCAGCCCGAGGAGUAA